AAUGUAAUCUAGGAGAACCAUUUACAUCUAAAAAAAAACAAACAAGUAGGAAUAUACAACUUAUCACUAAACUUCGUAAUUUUAUCUGUGCGCACAAACUUUAAGGAGGUGCUUAAUAACCUUGUUUGUUGUGUAAGCAUUUUUCUUCCGCAUCUCUUUGGAAUAUUAUGUAUAACAAUUUUUAUGCUGAGUAUGUAAUGUGCAAACUUCAAUAGACCUUACGUGCUUCUGUCGCCGUAGUUAACCAAGGUAAUUAUAUUCCAUAGGAAAAGCAAUUUAUCAUUAAAUACGGAAUGGAUUACUUUCGAAUUAAAUUAACAUUAGCACUUCUACUAAGUCAAAAAAGGUGAGACUUCUUUUGAAAUAAAGUUUUUAUAGAUCCAGUGUUUAUCUCCCAAAGCACGAAAAUGGCAACCGACCGCGUUUCAACGAAACGAAGAAGAUGCGCGUUGAGAUCGAUGAAACGCAAAGACACAAUAGGUAUAAUUUUGUUGGGCGAUGUUAAAGUUGGCAAAACAGCGCUCGUCGACAGAUGGUUGAAAGAUAAGUUUGAUGACAAAUAUGUACCCACGGUGGAAGAUUAUCGUAAUGAGGACGUCAUGGUGUCCACACGCUGUGUUAAUGUCGGCGUAGUUGAUAUCGCUGGCUCUGGACAAUUUCCCGCUAUGGACGAAUUGUACAUAAAAAAAUCCGACAGUGUUAUUUUUGUAUACGAAAUUGGUGACGCCAAAUCCGCUAAAUCGGUUGAACGUUAUUAUAACAACGUGAAGCGCCUUAUCGGCGACAGGCGUGUUGUCAUGACAGUUGCCGGAACAAAGUUAGAUAAAUAUGACAAUACAGGUUACUAUGACGAUGACGAAAUUGGACAGAGUUAUUUUUCGAACUUAAGCGAACCUCCCAAACAGUUCUUAACGUCUUCAAAGAACAACGCGCUUGUAAAAGAUUUAUUUGAGCACGCCGUUAACUCAGUAGCAAACCAAUUCUUCCCAAACGAAGCAAGAUUAAGGGCAUUACAGGCAUCGAAGUCAGAAGAUCAGGACGAAAAAGCAAAAACAUGUUGUGCCGUUUCAUAAACACCGUUCAACUUAUGGGUUUGCAAUGAAUUCUCGAUUGUGCGCCGCAAUGCACAUUGUAUAAUGGAAUUCAAGUAAACCGUAUGUAAAAGCGAAUCACUGAUUCUACUAUUUUUUUAUCGGGACGGCGAGGCGUAUUGCCGUCUCGAAGUUCGAAUGUAUGUAUCUUACAUGAUGCCCUGGGGACGAGGUUGCACGCGAAUGUGCUUUUUCCUGAGAUCGUUUUGGAGAGGGCUUUGUAUUGUAUACGGAAAACUCGCUUACUUGCACGAAAACUAUAUUUUACUUUGAAGCGUUAAGUACGAAACGCCCCGUUACGCCCUAAGUGAUCAUAUAAAUCUAGUUGACUCAUUAGCGCUUAUCAAAUCAAGGUUCAUCUAUAGUCGAUCCUGAAGUUUUCUGGAGUACAUAAGUAUGCCACGCAAAUUUGAAACAAGUGUAAAGGGAUAAGAGAAACAAAGCCAGGUAUACUUAGUAUUAAAUAGGAAAAAAACUGGGAAUAAGGUUGCUAGUGUUUAAUUUUACUGUCUUUCAAGGUAGUCGAGUGCAUUGUUUUAAGUAAAUGUGUUUUUAGUCAACAAAAUGUAAUUAAAAUAAAAGUCACA